AUGUACUACGAUUACUUAGAGAUGAACGAGCCAGCUGUUCUUGAAAGGGAACGCGAAAUUAUAAGGUAACUGUAAUAGCUCAAAACAAACCAACAGUUAAAUGAGUUUUAAGGUCUUAGGUAAUAAAAAGUAAAUAAUACCCUUUCAACGUAAAAAAACGCCAGAAAAACGAGGAAAUACACCGAGGGAAAAAAAAAGGAAAUUGUAAAAUACAAAAAGUUCACAAGGACUGCCAAUGGCAAAUUUGAAAACUUAAGCGUAAACUUUUUAUAACAAAGGACAAUGUCGACAGGUAUUAAAGACAUCAGUUCACGGUAGUUUGUACAUCUCUACUAAACGCACUAAACGCAUUACUUUCGGCACUGUGAUAAUAGAGAAUCAUUUUAUUUCCUUAAAUGUCAGCAGGAAAACACAACACCAAUUCCACCGAAACUGAAAGCCCACAUCCUACUACACACAUACAGGGACAUCUUCAGUGGAGAAUUCAACCUGGGCUUCGCACUACCUCGCACCGACACUUGCGCCACCUGCGAUAAACUGGCCCUCAAAGUGCGAUCAUCCAAGGGCACGGAAAAAGAAAAACUUGAAAAAGAACUCGAGGAACAUCACAAACUUGCCGAAUCUGCAUUUACAAUGCGCAAAGAUGACAAGGCAAGCGUGGUGAGGAGCUGGGUUGGAAAGCCCCGUCCAGUUGGCUCUUCAGGAGUAAAACACCGCAGUAAAGAUGCCGUAGACAUGAUAACUUAUGAUUUUCAACAAAAUCUGGAGACCCCAAACUUACAGCAUAACGAUAUGUUUUAUAAGAGGCAGCUGUGGACCUACAACUUUGGUAUCCACGAUUGCGUGUCCAACCAGGGCUAUAUGUUUAUGUGGGAUGAGACGACAGCCAAACAUGGGUCAGUGGAGGUGGCAAACUGCCUGUAUAAUUUCCUCACUGAGUUUAACACUGGAGCGAGGUAAGUUUUAGUUUUUUGUAUUUUGGAACAUCGGUCGGUUGCAUCUUAGCGUAAACCUCGACCCCUGCAUGUUUGAUUUUCAAAUUUAAAAGUUUGAAGCGACGUUUCGCAUGAGUGAUCACAACAGCAUUCUAGUAUAUAUCUCUAAAGCGCUUUGAAAGAAUUUGACAAAACUUUACUUAGAAAAGAAACCUAUGUUUGAUAAAAAGCGGAGCAACGCCAUAAGGGUUCAAUCUGCAACAGUCAAAAAUACUGUUUAGAGUUUUGGCGAAUUUUAUUAUCGCCAGAACAAUUCCGUGAUCGCCCGUGCAAUAUAUAAAGUGAUUACCAUAUUUACUCGAUUAAAAACCGUCCUCGAAUAAACACCACAGUUUAGAGCAGAAAUGAUUAUCAUAAUAAACGCCGCCCUCGAAUAAACACUGCAUCAUUAAAAAGCAAAUGCAGCAACAUAUAAUCGAGUUUGUGCAAGCCUACAAAAUUUAUGUUUCUUCAUUGUAACAAUGUUUUAAGAUCAGUACAUUUGAAAAUCGAAACACGAGAACAAUAUACGAAACAUGGUUUUUUUUUUUUAAAUCAAAUAUUCAGUUAACAUACUAUUCUUUGCAAAAAACAAAUUGGAUUUUAAAUAAACUGCGCCCUCGAAUAAAGGCGGCACUCGAAGGAAGAAUAAUUUAAUAAACGCCGCGGUGUGUAACAGAAUAAAUAAGGUGAUAAAGUGGAUCUGUAAUCUGCGUCAAAUACACGCUCAACUAAUAACUUACGAAAUCAUCUGCUGUUAGGGAAUUCCAAAUUUCUAAGCGGCGAGCCAAGUAUAAGUGUAGUUUUCCCGUUAUAUCGAGGUUUCCGACAAGGUGAACCCUCAAUUUCGCGAACAAAUUCACCUAGUCCCCAGUCAUUGUUAGAUACAGGUCUCACUAUAACACGAUAUUAUUUUAUUCUGUCUUUAUAGGUCGCUCGUAAGCUACUCUGAUGGCUGUUCGGGUCAGAACAGAAACAAGACGAUAGUUGCCCUCUACGCCGAGCUACACAGCACGGGCGUUUACGAGGUACUUAACCACAAGUACCUCGUGAGGGGUCACACGUUCCUUCAAAAUGACACAGACUUUAGCCAGAUCGAGAAUAGAAAGAAAAGCGCAGUGGUGUACUUACCAGAGGACUGGUGUAAAGUCGUCAGAGAGGCGAAUACAGUGAAAUCGUUCGUGGUACGCGAAAUGAGGCAGCCUGACUUCAAAUACUGGAGGUCCUUCUUGGAAUCCAGGUACAUAGACAAUUAAUCAGAUAGUAAUCGACGUGCAUUUCUUGUAUGAGGUCACCCAGAUAUGCACCCCCGUUUUAUUGCGUCAAUAUGUAUGUACAAGUUAUAGAGCGUUUUAGAGUGGCCUACCGUAAAAAAUCCCGGUAAUAGCUUGUUUUUUCACGUAAGCCUUAUAAAGAUAAGGGGGGAGGGGGGGGUGAAAGUUCAAGGGUGCGAUAUUCACGGUGUGCUACAAGAAAAUCAUUACUUAAUUCUCCGGAUAUUUCCACUAAAAUUUUUUGAAUAUAUCAUCUAUUUCCUGGAUUUAAAGUAAGCUAAAUAAAAAUAAGGCACGCAAUGCUUGUUUUUAAAACCAUGAAGCCGCAAUGAACUUUGGAAACCUUGUAGAAUAGGACUCAUAUGGAUCUUUUUAUAUUUCAUAUCACUUAACCAUUAUUAAUAUUCUUGCUAGGUACCAACCGAUAGCGAAGGACCAGGAUGGUUAAACUUUUGUUGGGGAGAGGAGAAAGAUCCUAUCACUGGGCAAACCUAA